AUGUCGCUGCCCGAUGACAUCGUGACGGAGAUCUUCUCCUACCUGCCGGCAAAGUCUGCCAGCCGCUUCCGCGCCGUCUCGUGUGCCUGGCACGCCACCCUGUCCUCGGCGUCCUUCAUCGAUCUACAUCUCCGGCGAGCCAACAAGCCAGGCGAGAUCAAGGUUUUCUUCAGUCUGCCUGAUGACACCCCAGAAGAAGAACCCAGCAACGACGACACCGUGGAGGAAGAAUCCAACGAUGACGGCACCGCCGAAGAAGUAUCGAACUAUAAUGGUGAACGAGAACCUAGCGAUGACGGCAGCACACCGGAGGAAAAAGCCUAUGACGAAGAAGAAUCCCACGACGACGACGACGACACCUCGGAAGAGGAAGGAUCCCACGACGAUGAUGAUGACAACUGGGAGGAAGAGUCCUACUUUUAUGCCUGGCAGCCCGGUGGUGUGGCCACGAAGCUCACUACCAACAAUUUUUACCAGCCGACUCCUCUCACCCACUACUAG